AUGAUCAACUGUGGACCUAAAAUGAGUUAUUCUCAUCUACAGGUGGAGCAAAGCGGCUGGGUAAACGAGUGUCAGUACGAUUAUCUGUAUGUUUAUGUUGACACUGGCGACGAUAUAGAAGCUUAUGGGCCAUUCUGCGGCACGAGGAUUCCGGAUCCUGUCCUAUAUGUUGGUAAAGCCCAGGUUACCUUCGUGACUGAUACAGAGGGAACACGCAAGGGAUUUUCACUGUUAUAUGGACUAGAACCUGACAUGACCAAGUGCCCAGAGUCAGAAGCAGUGACCCACUUCUAUGUGCCUACACUCUGUUAUUAUUUGGCGAUAAUGGUAAGUCGCUGCAACUUCCAUACAAUCCAUUCAAAGCCAUCAAAAUUAACCACUGAGAGUACGUGCCUCUUUGGCUACCGCGUUUUUAUUUGA